AUGCACAGUCAGAUAAAUAAGCAAACAAAUAGAUUCACUUUAACAUUUAUAGACUUAUCUGAUUCACAUGUCAAGAUACCAGAAAUUAUUUCACAUUCAAUAUCCCAGGUCCAAACUGAAUCAACUAGAAGACGUGAAAGUUUUAUUUGUGCACAAUUCAGAGACUCGAAGAAACAACGUCGAAAUCGAACCACUUUCACAACGUUUCAACUACACGAAUUAGAACAAGCAUUUGAAAAGUGUCAUUAUCCAGAUGUUUAUGCCAGAGAAGUGAGACUUAUUUUACACAGUUCAUAUUUUAAACUUAUGGAAAACUUUUUGAAAUUUUUUUUUCAGUUGUUGGCGCAGAAAGUGAAAUUGCCUGAAGUACGUGUUCAAGUAUGGUUUCAAAACAGGAGAGCGAAAUGGAGGAGACAAGAUAAAGCUGAGAGCAGUGCGAUUGCAGACUUACCACCCGUUCGUCAGACCACGUCUAGUGGACUUCAUUCAUGGACUUGGAUGACUGCAAAUCCUGAUGAAUUUUCCGGUUUUAUGCAUCCUUUCGCAUCACAAUCGAACAACUUUCAACCAGCUGAUAUGACGGUGAAAGCAGCACCACCACCACCACCAUUCUGUUUCGGUUAUCUGCCGACUAAUCCGUACACAACAACAACUCCGUUCACGGAUAUCGAUUUGCAUAGCAGUAACGCACAACAAGUUAUGACAAAUACACAUUCCAUUGAUAAAAUUCCAUAUGAAUAA